GGACACGAAGUGGGAUAGCCCCGUUCCCCCCUAACGUCAAACUAUGCACCUCAUCUCUCUCGUGUCACCUCCCCAGCGUGUCUCACGACGCGUGGGGACUGGAGGGCGCAUCCUCGUCCGAAACCGCUGCGCGAAAAUUUUCACCUCAUCCCAACAUCUCGAUUCUGCUGGACAAGCAGUCACCACCACCAGGGCGGCUGUAGAAGAGGCUUGCACGCAGUGGGCUGAUUCUCCCUGUCCAACUGCGCUGUGCAUUCGCGACCUCCUCGGGGUGGCCGACCGAAAAGAAAUCACCACUCGACGAAUCGAUACCUCCCAUCCAACAUCCACCCAGCAUCACUCAGCACAACCCAAGGUCCCCUUCCAUUAUAGAUACCAUGAGGCCCACAAGAAGCAAGAUCGCAUCCCCGAAUACGCCAGUAUCAGCCUUCAAUACGCGGUCCGGAAGGAGUCUCUCCCCCCAACAUCCAACACUCGACCUAGGAGCCUUGGAAAACUUGAGGACGAAAGAACUGCUAGCAUUCAUCUUGCUCGUAGCUUGGAAUGCGACUGCUAAGAUGCAUUAUACCCGGGUAGAUACACCGCCAACGAAUUGCAAGGGACCACGUGCUGGAAAGCCCAUUCAAUAUUAGGGGCAGAGAGUGGCUAUUUCGAAAUGAAGCUGGCGAGCUGCAUGGGACAACCUAGAAAAGCAAUAUGAGGCUCUGAAACUCCGCCCCUACCAGUCGCAGAUACAAAAGUAUCAUCACAUUGGCACUCGUGCGGUGCUCUU